UCCCAUCCACACUCACGGAUCCAUGUGAGAAUGUAAAGCGGGUCCAUUGUUCUAUGGCCAGGAAGAAAUCCACACAGCUGGAUCUGAGAUUUCAUUUCCCAAUAGGCCCUCCUCUCUAGCACCUCUAAACAGACCUUACUAAGGAGACUAAGGAGUGUGAUCUCCAUUUUGUUGGAAAACACCCUGCAAUCCCUCUUCUUAAAAAUGGGGACCACCCAUCAGGAGGUGAUGGACUCAGUUCAAAACCUUUCCACCAAUGUCAACUCAAUGGCUGUCCUUUUGACAUCCAAUGUUCCACCGCGGCCGAGCUCCACGCCUCCAAUCAGGGAACGAUCUACUCACAUAAUAGUGUCGUAUCUUUUCACCAUGAACACAAUAUUCCAUCACCUGAAUAUUAUUCUGGCGAGGUAGGAUAUUGUGGACGAUUCCUGUUGCAAUGUUCCUUGGUUUCUGAGCAACAACCUAGUGCAUAUUUGGAUAAUCGCGCCAAGUUGUCCUAUGUCAUUAACUUGCUUUGGCGAAGAUCAGGGAAGUGGGCCAAUUCCUUGUGGGAGUCAAAGUCAGAAACAUUGGAAUCAUUUGCUUCUUUUUCCCAAGAGAUGCGUCAAUUCUUUGAUCAGCCCUUCAUGAAUUAGUCGUCAGGCAAAUGGCUAAUGUCAUGACAUCAGGGUUCUUAGUCAGCUGCAGACUAUGUCAUCGAGUUGAGGAUUUUAUUCUCCGAAAGUGAAUUGACAAAAAAUAAAAAUAAAAAAACAGCUUUCAUUUGCGGACUCUCUGAGGAGCUUCAAGAUCAGUGGUCUACUAGGGAUGAACCAGAGUCUUGACGUUCUCUGUAAUUACAUUUGUCAUCACAUCUUAUUUUUUCACUUAAAUGCAAUGUGUGAUUAUUACUUAUUUUUUGUAUUUAUUUAUUUAUACAUUUUUAUUUCUGUGCAUCUGGCACAUUUCAAUUUGUUCAGUUCAAAUAAAUACCAAAUGUUGUAUAUGUUAUACAGUGAUAACAUUGCUCAGUUGGCAACACAGCAGACGACACAUUGAAGCGUUUGCUUGCUACCUCGCUUGUACCAUCGUCCAUAUGUGUGCACAUAAUAUAAAAGCACAACUUUUAAAAUAAUAGCACCCCAUAUUUAACAUUAUAUUUGGAUUUCAUGGUCUUUGUGAGGGCCAGUCAGAGACUCUGGGUUGGGCUGGAUGUGGCCGCCGGGCUGUCCUUUGCUGAGGUCUGUUUUAUACUGCUCAUCUUUGGCCAUGAUUAUUGAUGUCUAUUGUGAGAUGAUAAAUUUAGUCUGUUAGGUUGGAAAAAAAUGGGAUCUGCAUACUGUCUUGUCUUGUCUUGAGUGGGAAUACAUUUCAUCUGUGCUGUCGCACAUUUGACAAUAAAGUUGUACCAAUUCCAAUCCAAUACUGUUUGUACAAUAUUUUUUUCUUAUCCAUUGGUCUUGUUCUUUCUCAGUACAUGUGUUUGAAAUAUGUUUACAUUGUUUUCAAAGUUUGUCUGAAGUACAAUAAGUAUGAGAAGCUUAGAAUUAUUUAAAUGUGAUACUAUAUUUCUAUAUGCAGGAUUUCUCUGACUGCAGGGAUCGUCAGGAACAUAACCACCGCGAUGGAGGAGGGUUUACUGUACUUGUGUUCACCUGGACUUAGAAAAUGAAUGUUGUGCUACUUUUCAUGUAAAUGACAGGAAAAUGUUGAAUAGUGUGACGCCCCUUUUCAGGAUUCCGAAAGCUGACCAAUCAGUGAAAGGUGUUCUCUUGCGGGGUACGUUUUAGCCUUAAAGAAACAGGAACCAAAAGAGCAGAAGAUGAUUGAGCAGACAGCCAAAUGAAGUUAAUAAACUAAAUAAUUACGACUUAAUUCAAUUAAUCUCGAAGACAUGGGUUGCUUUAUGGAGCCUUAUAUAAAAAAAUACUUGAAAGUUAUUGUGUGUGGUAAAUGUCCCGAAGCUGUAACAUAGCAGUCAGUCAGUUAGAGGAGCGAGGAGGGGGGCGGGGGGGGGGGGCGUCUGAUUUCUCGCCCUUGAGGAAACCCUUUAUUUUGAUACGUGCGACAAGCCGCCGUGAGCGCGCAUUUUCCCCUUCGAGUGGAGCCCCCCAUUCUCAAAUUAGGGCGGCGCGUUCAUGCUGCAAGAGAAGUGAACGCGCUUGAGGGGCUGCGGUCCCAUUGACGGCUCUGUCUCCUUGACAGCAGCAUCAGCAUCAGCAAGAAGUGUCUGCCUCGCCUUGCAGCGACGAAGCCAGGCCAGUGGUCGAGCGGAGACCGCCUUCCGUCGCCACCUCCCUCUCCUCUGCUCGGCCGGAACUCGAAUCAUCCCCGUGUGCCCGCGUCCGCACCGACCGCCGGAGAAAUGGGAUCCCCGUAAAGCAGAGGUGGUGGAGGGGAGCGGCGGGCGGGUGGGAGGGGGGUGGGGGUUCGAUACCGGAGCUGCAAGAGGGAAAAGGAGAGGCAAGAACGGCAAUCUGAAACAUUGGCGUUACCACAACCACCAUCGCUGUAAUAGCUACUAUCACACUGUCGCCGCCGCCCUCGCCGCUGCCGCGCCGGGUGCCUCCCCCCAACCGUCAUGGGAACUCCGCAUCAGUCGCUCCUUAAACUGCUUCAUCCGCAGGCCAUGUCGUGAUCCGUGGGCUCCGCCAGCGGGUUUUCGUGAUCCGUGAUCCCAAUCGACGGGAAGGAAGAGGCGGGCGGUGGUGGGCAAGAUGUUCGCCUCAGUAGGCCCUCGGGGUCCACCCGUCGCUCAGGCCAUCCCAGAGCCCGACUUGAGCCACUUGACUGAGGACGAAAGGAAGAUCAUCAUGGCUGUACUGGCUCGGCAACGGGAGGAAGAAGCGAAGGAAGAGGCCAUGCUAAAAGAAGAAAAGCCAAUCCAAGCGAGAACUGUCAACUUGGUUGGACAGAAAAAACCUCCGCAGCAAAACGAUGUCCGGGGCAUCCAGCAGCAGCUUUCCAGCUACAGGGAGACGGUGAUCAGGCAGGCCACAGCUGCAGCAGGCUCAGCGGUUCACCGAGACGAUGCUCCAACCUGUGGCAUCUGCCAGAAGACCAAGUUUGCAGAUGGUUGUGGGAACUUGUGCUCAUAUUGCCAGACCAAGUUCUGUGCCCGCUGCGGGGGGAGGGUCUCGCUUCGAUCCAAUACGGAGGACAAAGUGGUCAUCUGGGUGUGUAAUAACUGCAGAAAACAACAGGAAAUACUGACCAAGCCAGGCGAAUGGUUCACCGGUCCAUCAGGAAAGUCCACUAGUCUCGGUUCAGCCAUCAGUGAGCCAUCUGUGUGCCAAACCCUGGGCGAAAAAAAGCUGCGAUCCCACUCCCAAGCGCCUCCAGGGUCCACAAUAUCCCUCGAGCCCAACCCAGGCAGUGCACCUGGGAGCACAGCUGGAAUAGACGUCCGGUCACGAAGUGAACCACCAAGAGACACGAGAAAUGGAAAAGGCGGUGGAGGAACUGGUCGAGGAGAGCGCAGGUCAGUCCAACCCAUGCUGCAGACCCAAGUUUCCAUGGACCGGGAUCUCCGGGGUGAAUCCAGGGAGCAUCGGGAAAGCCGGCGGCUCACGAAAGGGCGUUCUUUGGAGAUUGAUCCAGUCGGAGGAAAUAGUGGGUUGAAACGGACACAAGACGGGGGCUACCAACACAUUGGCCACAGCGGUGGCCCCCCUCGUCAAACCGGGCCAGUCACUUCUGGAGGCCCCGGCCAUCCUGCACCAGUACAAGGCAGUGCAACAGGAAUUAUUGGGGAGGUGAGGGAUGGUUUAGUAUCGGGACAGAGGACUGUCAGUGGACGGUGUGAAAACACCCCUGCGCAACAAGACCACCCCCCUCAACUCAGAGAAGCUCUGAGUUCAGGAACUGGAUCAGCCCCCGAUCAAGGGCAUGUGGUGAGACGAACCAAAAGGAACAAGGCUGACAGCAUGCUCCGCAACGAUUCACUCAGCUCAGAUCAAUCGGAAUCUUUGCGCCCACCACCACCCAAACCCUAUAAAUCGAAGCGAGGCCUAGGGGCUGGAGGCAAAAGACAGACCAGUGUCAGCAGCUCAGAAGAGGAAGGAGGGACCACACCUGAAUACAGCAGUUGUGAGGAUGCUGAGAUUGAAAGUGUGAGCGAGAGAGGAGACUGGGAAUGCUACCCUCAUGACCCCACUGUGUGGCAUCAUCCUGUAACGUGGCAACCAUCCAAGGAGGGUGACCAUCUGAUUGGCAGAAUCACUCUUAGUAAGAGGAGCACAACCAUGCCUAAAGAAGCUGGGGCUAUGCUGGGAUUAAAGGUGGUUGGAGGAAGAAUAACAGAGUCAGGGAGAUUAGGUGCCUUCAUCACCAAGGUCAAGAAGGGCAGCCUGGCAGAUGUGGUUGGACAUCUGAGAGCAGGGGAUGAAGUUUUGCAAUGGAAUGGGAAACUGUUACCAGGAGCCACCAUGAAGGAGGUUUACAACAUCAUCCUGGAAUCUCAAGCGGAGCCCCAAGUCGAACUGGUUGUAUCCCGGCCUAUUGGGGUGUAUAGAAAAUAUCAUGAUAUCCCAAGAAUCCCAGACACCUCCCACCCUCCAUUAGAAUCCACAGGUUCAAGUUCAUUUGAGUCCCAGAAGAUGGAGCGACCAUCAAUAAAUCUUUUAUCUCCCACCAGUCCGAGAAUGAUUCUUGACGCGCCACAGCUCAUGCCAGGAAAACUUUCUGUGAAGCUCUGGUAUGACAAAGCGGGUCACCAACUAAUAGUCAAUGUGCUUCAAGCGGUGGAGCUCCCUCUUCGGCCUGAUGGACGACCCAGAAGCCCAUAUGUCAAAAUGUACUUUCUUCCUGAUCGCAGUGACAAGAGUAAACGCAGGACAAAAGCAGUGAAGAAGACCUGCGAGCCCAAGUGGAACCAAACUUUCCUCUACACUCACAUCCAUCGUAGGGAUUUCCGCAACCACAUGUUGGAACUGACCGUGUGGGACCAGCCCAGAUCACCAGAGGAGGACAGCAUCUUUAUGGGAGAAAUCCUGAUAGAGCUGGAGACAGCCUUGCUGGACGACAAGCCACACUGGUAUCCCCUCCAAACGCAUGAUGUCUCAUCUAUACCGCUCCCCCGCCCUUCCCCGUAUCUGCCUCGUCGACACAUACACACCGACAACCCGAGCAGGAAGCUGCAGCGUUCUCAGCGUCUAACAGAGCCUGAAUUUGAGGGUACAGCAGUAGUUUCUAAAGCAGAGGGACGUGGCAGGGAGCGACAACGGGAGCCCACGUCCACCCUAGAGGUGCCCGAGCGCCAGAGGACGACUUCGUAUCAUAUACGUUCUCGCUCAGUAUCCCCCCACCGCGAGGAGCAGGGAUAUAUGCGUUCCCGGCCAGCCAAUGUCCCUGCACAAAGGAGUCUCGACGAUGAGCUUUCGCACUCCAGGCGUUCUCGGUCUCCGUCCCGCUACUAUGACUCUGCUAGAGGUCACCGCACGGAUCCGGAAUACCUGGAUGACAGUGAGGUCAUCAUGAUCCACCAAUCAAUGCGAGGCAAAAGUGCUGAGUGCAUCCACUUAAGUGAUCUUCAGCCUUCUCUGGACAGGGUUAGGAGUGCUAGCACCAACUGUCUGACUCCAGAUUAUCAUGUCCCCUCACCUGAAUUGGAAAGAAAAUCAUUGUUCCAUUCAUUGCCCCGGAGACGUCCUCCGAGCCCCAGGAUUUUUAUCCAACAUGCUUCCCCUGAAGAUGACAGGGGACACCUCCAAGGUGGUACACCUCUUUCCUCUUCAGUGACAUCAUCCUCAUCUCGCAAAGUGAGGCAGCUCCCCCAGCUUCCCCCCAAGAGCAACAGUGUAGAACAAGCCCUGGUAGCAGAGGAGCGCGUCCGUCAACUCCAAAUGAGAGUUCAUUCAAACCGGAUGUCAGCUGCAAGUAACUCCAGCAAGCAGGACCUGGAUAGAGCACUCAAGAACAAACGAGAGCUCUUCAAGGACCACAAGACGAGCAGUGAGAAUGCUUCCCAUAAGUCCUCAGACAGUGAUGUCAGCGAUGUAUCAGCCAUCUCUCGAACCAGCAGUGCCUCUCGGAUUAGUAGCACCAGCUACAUGUCCAUCCAGUCAGAGAGACCCAGAGGACGCUUCAGUCGAGCCAUGCGUGCGACGGGCCGCCACAUUAUGAAGAGUACCAGUGUGAGUGGCGAGAUCUAUGGCAUGGAGCAUGCAGAUGGCAGCCAAUCAGACACCGCCCUCGGGAGCUUGGGAAGUGGGAUCAAAAAGCGUCGCUCAAGCCUCAGCCAGCGUGUUGUUGCCAUCCUACCAUCAAGACGCAGUCGGAGUACCUCGCAGCUCAGCCAGACAGAAGCGGCUGGUAAGGCGGUGGACAGGCAGAAAGAGGCGCCAGCAGGUAAGAAGGUGGCUAAGGCUGGCAGCAGCAGUAUCCAAAGGAGCGUCGAGACGGGCAUGGCAGUGGAGUACCCUCGAGGAGGCUCAGCUAUGCACCGUCAGGCCAGUCGAGAAUCCAAUGAUGGCAGCAUGAACAGCUACAACUCUGAGGGAAAUCUUAUCUUCUCAGGAAUGAGGUUGGGGGCUGACAGCCAGUUCAGUGACUUCCUAGAUGGUUUAGGACCCGGUCAGCUGGUUGGCCGGCAAACACUGGCAACACCUGCAAUGGGUGAUGUUCAAAUUGGUUUGAUGGACAAGAAAGGACAGUUGGAGGUGGAGGUGAUCAGGGCACGAGGCCUUACCCCCAAACCAGGCUCCAAAUCCCUCCCAGCCCCCUACGUCAAGGUGUAUCUGCUGGAUAGUGGAGCUUGUAAAGCCAAAAAGAAAACUAAGAUUGCACGAAAGACCUUGGAGCCUCUCUACCAGCAGCAUCUGCUAUUUGAUGAGAGUCCACAGGGCAAGGUGCUUCAGGUGAUAGUGUGGGGGGACUAUGGACGAUUGGACCACAAAUGUUUUAUGGGUGUAGCACAGAUCUUAUUGGAAGAUUUGGACCUAUCAAGCACGGUGAUUGGAUGGUACAAACUUUUUCCACCAUCCUCGUUGGUAGACCCCACUCUAGCUCCACUCACGCGACUGGCGUCUCAGACAUCAUUGGAGAUCUCAGGACCACCCCCAGGUGUUCGGUCCUAGUGACCGCGAAGGCGUCGAGCGUCAAUAGAGGAACAUAACUAUUGGACCACAAUGGAGCAGAGCGGGGCAACAGGACAAGAAGACCUUGGUCUACCAAUAAGAAGCCAGACGGAGAGUCAGGGAAUAAAAGUUACUAGAGAGCAGGUGGAAAAGAAAUAGCUAAUCAAAGCUUAGUCGGAGUCUGACAAUCAUUUCUCACACCUUUACUUCUUUAUCUACUUCUACUUGAGCCUUUUCUUUGCAAAGGUUUGCCUUCAUUUGUUCCUCAAAGAUGGAGAUUUUCUUUCCGCUUUAUCAAUUCUCUUUUGUGUGACUUUAUUUUUGUUCACCCGAUCAAAGUCCUUCACUAGCCAGCAGUGCUAUCAACACUGUGGGGGAGUUGGUCAAAGUUCAAACUGACACACCUUCAUACGGGUGAAUGGCUGCAUGAGACGUCCAUUGGCGUUGAAACAGUGGAAGUGUAGCUGAGCACGAGGGGCUGUUGUUUGGCAUUGUGUGGAAAACUUUUUAAGUUAAAGCAGCCUGUACACACACACACACACACACACACACACACGCGCACACAAACAGUCAUCCCUUGCCCUGUGAGCACAAGUAGAGCUUGUAUUUUUAUUUUAUUUUUUUUUGAUAGCGGCAAAAUGGUUUUGUUCUUUGAACAAAAGAAAAAGAGGCCAAAUUUAUUAUGUGCUUUGUAUAUUUUAUUUUGACUGUGAGUCUUUGUUUCGCCUAAAUUUCAGAAUGAUACCAUAUGGUACAAACUGUAUUUUAUUAUAUAUAAUUAAACAAUUUAGGGCGGGGGGGUUGUUUUGUUUUGGAGCAAUGCUUUGCUUUUGAGCAAAAGCCACGAUCAGGUGACAUUUGUCCGAACAACCUAACCCCAAAACCUGCAAGCCCUGUCUUCCCCUCCUUCGAUUUCCCCUCUAAAAGGAGCAUGGUCUCGGGAUGUGCCCUAUCCUAACGCCCAGCUGCAUGCACGGUCAUCUUAUUUUAAUUUCAUUUCUCUCAUUGUCUUUUUCUUUUUCUUUCAGUAAAGUCAAUUCAUGAGAAACUAACAAACAAUUCUUUUAAAAAAAGUUAUACCAAAAACAAAUAAACAAAACAAAAAAAAAAGAUAAGAUGUGUGUUAGAACCACAGGAUUUUAGGCCAGAUUGUAUGUCGCAUGUUCUUGUACAGUUUUCUUGUACUGAAUAUGAAUACAAACCGAGAGAAGCCAAGCCAUUCCCCACUUCAAUAACAGGAGUGGACCAACGAGGGAGGAUCGACUCCACCCAGGCCACACCUUCCACUCGGGGGUUGAAAUACUAUGUCCAUAUCAGGAGUUCUCCACAGUAAAAUCUCAUUGUUUCCGUUUUUCUUUUAAGCCCUUUGAACAACAGUGCUGUUCUGUAGUACGGAGCAUAGCCGAGACCCUGGUGAUGAUGAGGAUGUAAUUGUCUUGUCAGUUUGUCGGGCUCCAGACCAAUAUAGAAUGUGUGGAAAACAGCUACAUAUACAGUAUAUGAAGUACUUUUAAGAGUUUGAGAGAAAUUAUAAAGAUAGAGAUAUAUCUGAAUAUAGAAAAAAAGUGUAUUUGCCUGUCUCCAAAACACACAUGCACACCUUGUACAUAGAAAAUAGUGAGAAAUUAUUCACAAGAGAAAUGUCAGUGACAACGCGAACAUUCCUGAUUUUUUUCCUUUGUUUUGUUUUUUUAAGAGAGAAAUGUGCACCCUUUGUUGAACUCAAGCUGCUGAGCGGUACUGAGCCACAGGGGGGUGCGCUUAAAGGCCUUUCUUUAUCCACUCUCCAAGUUGUUAAAGCUAAAGUGUAGAAACGGUUGACACGUUGUUUUUCCUUUCGAGAACUCCCCUCCUCCUGUUGAUUGCUAUAGGUUGGGACUGGACUUCUAAAGCCAAUGAAGAAUCUGAUUUUACAGACCUAUGUUGCAAAACGUUUGUGUUGAAAAUCUUGGCAGUGUGGCCGCCUGCCCUUUCCUUUGUCAGUAUUAUUAUUUUUUAAUACUGAUUGUUUACAACCCAUGACUCCCCAAACUCAGAUGAUGAUGCUAGAUGAAAGAUGAAGAAGUAUUCACUGCAACAGUUCUUGUUUGUAUAACAGAUGUGGCUCUACUGAGGUGUAUGUUUUAUAUUCAAGAGUUCAUUUUUAUUAUUUACAAAUAAAAGACUGCGGAAGAAGAUAC